AUGACCCCUUCGAUAGCGGCGACCACUCUUUUGAGUCUCGUGACUCUCAGUGCUUUCCACCCGGCAAGUGCUAAAUGUGUACCUCCAAAGGAAGCCCACUUCAACUGGGAUGAUGUAGAGUACCUGAUCGCUUUCGGGGACUCAUACACCUUCGUGCAGGGCACGUACGGCUACCCAAACUAUAGCUUCAUUGGGAACUACCUGCCGGGCGAGCUGUCGUUCACGCCGACGGAGCUCCUCAGCAACCGCAUCGUGCAGAAUUUCACCGGCACAGCCGAGGGAGGACCCAAUUGGGUUGAGUACCUAACUGGCUGCGGCGUAGAGCCGGGUGAACACCUGCCCUCAGAUUGCGCCAUACAGCUAUGGGACUUUGCUUUCGCGGGAGCCGACGUAAGCGAGGAAUUCUUACCGCUGCACCACAACUUCACGACGCCGCUAGUCAACCAGACAGCGCAGUACCUGAAGUGGGCGGAGCCAGUGCUUGGCCCGCGUAUUGAGGGCCGAGGCACGAACAAGAAGGCCGAGGCUGCACUGGUCGCUGUAUGGAUCGGUAUCAACGACGUCAACGACUCACAAAGCAAGAAGCCGGCCAAAAUAACGUUCCAGGACUUCUGGCAGGCCGAGAUAGAGGCCGUGUUCUCCGAGUCUGUGCUGCCGCUGUUCGGCGCCGGGUACCGGAACUUCCUAUUUGUCAACCUGCCGCCGCUGGACCGCACGGCGGCGAAUCAAGUCAAAUCGAACCCUAGCCCAAGUAAAGAGCAAGUUGGCUGGUGGAACGAGAUCUUGGCGAACCGAGCAAGGGAGUUUGCUGAGACAAACCAAGGCGCCAAGGCCAUGGUCUAUGAUGCCAACACGUUCUUGAACGGGGUAAUGAACAGCCCGGAACAGUACGGCAUCACAAACCUGACAUACUGUCCGGACUACGCACAGUUGGAAGUGCUGACGAGUCCCGAAAAGUACGGAUGUCGCCCAUUAGAUGAGUAUUUCUGGUAUAACUCAGGCCAUAUGUCAUCGCAUACACAUAAGAUCAUGGUGCCAAAUUUGAUAGAAUUCCUGGAGGCCCAAUCAACAUGA